GCCACUUCCCUAUCGAGACGCCAGCAAAACCCGUCGAAAGCCGGCAUCGGAUCAUAUCGCCUUCCUACCAUUUGCUGCUGUUUGUAGCCUUAUCAUUCCCGUCUCGCAGAUGAGUGUUUUUGCUGAGCCGGCAAUGUGAGAUCUCGGAAAUAGUUGGAGCAGCACGAUAACAGACACAUGUAGACAUGGGCUUCAUAAAGAGCACGUACUGCUCUGCUGCAGUGUUCAUUGACAUUCCUCCAUUUUUCGCAUAAUACUACACAAGGUCGCCCAACAUGGAGUCCACUCACUACAACGACCCGGAGGAUAGGAAGUCGCUGGACAGUAUCAACAAAGACAAUGUCUCCGUCACACAAACUGGCUUCAUCACCACCUUGGACGCCAAAAAGGAGAGAGCAGUCGUUUGGAAGUUGGAUCUACACCUUCUGCCUCUUCUUGCCGUCAUGUAUCUCUUCAACUCACUGGACAAGUCGAACAUGGGAAAUGCCAAAACAGCUGGUCUCGCCACCGAUCUUGGACUCCAUGGCCACCAAUACAACCUCAUCCUGUCCAUCUUCUUCGUACCCUACGUUCUCACUGCACCUUUCUUGGCAGCUCUGGGAAAGAAGUAUGGCCCAAGCAGAGUCUUACCUUGCAUGAUGUUCGGUUUUGGUACCUGCACGCUCCUUGUCGUCGCUGUGCAGAACUUCGGUGGUCUGAUGGCCAUCCGCUGGUUCUUGGGCAUGUGUGAGAGUGCCUUCUUCCCCCUCGUCAUCUACUACCAGACCAUGUUCUACCGUAGAGGCGAACUUGCUCGCAGACUUGCCAUCUUUUAUGCCGCCCAGUCUAUCGCCGGUGCCUUCUCUGGUUUACUAUCCUAUGGUGUCUUUCAGAUCAAGGGUGGUGCUAUUGCUCACUGGCGCUACCUUUUCGUCAUCGAGGGCUCAGCAACAAUCAUCAUCUCAAUCAUCGCAUUCUUUUACCUCCCUCUGUCUGCCGCCACUGCACACUUCCUGACCUCCGAGGAGAGAGAGAUUGCUGUUCACCGUAUCCAGGUGGAUAGUUCGGCGGUCGUCAACGAAGAGUUCAAGCUCGGCAGAGCCCUCACAAUCUUCAAGCAUCCCACCACAUGGGCUUUCUUGGUUAUCGAAAUUUGCUUGGGUGUCCCGCUGCAGUCGGUGACUCUGUUCUUACCGCAGAUCGUCAAACGCUUGGGCUAUGGCACUAUUAAAACCAACCUCUACACCGUCGCUCCCAACAUCACCGGCGCAGUCAUGCUUCUCAUCUUGGGUUUCUCUUCUGAUUUGACUCGUUGGAGAUUCCCAUUCGUCGCCCUCGGCUUCUUCUUCACUUUCUGCGGUUUUGUGAUCUACUCGGCCAUCGAUGUCACCUCUUCUUUGACUGUCGCCUACUUUGCCACCUUCAUGAUGACAUGGGGUACUAGUGCACCCUCCGUCUUGCUCGACGUCUGGUACUGCAACAACAUCGCCGACGAGAACAAGAGAGCUGUCCUUACUUCCAUCGCUGUUCCCAUGGCCAAUCUGAUGGGUGUUGUCUCGAGCAACAUCUUCCUUGAUCAAGAAGCCCCGAAGUACAUGACCGCGCUUGCCACGACUGCUGCCUUUGGUGGGACUGGCAUCGUUCUCACACUGAUGCUCGGUGUCUGGAUGAUCUAUGAUAACCGUCGCCGCGAUAGAGUCCAAGGAAUUAAUCUCAGAGCUAUUGAUGUGCCUACUGAGAAGUUGGGCGAUGGUCCUGCUGCCGAUGAGUUCAGAUGGUUCUACUAGAUGGACGAGGGGAUCAACAACAAAUUUCAUGAUACUCACGACAUACAGAGAUGAUAAUUAGCAAUUUCUCACAGCACUACCGCAAAUGAUCUACACCAUGCGACCG